CUGGUACGAAAAUCCACUGCUGAAUCCUCCCGUGACUACUAAUGGAGACGGGAAAAAGAAGGGCAGAAAACCAGCUAAGAAAAAGAAAGGUGACAAAGAAAAUAUACGAGAUGAAGAAAGCGAUGAGAACAGCAAAGAUUCAUCACAGCUGGACACACAGAAUGAAACCUUGAUUCCUGAAAAAUCUGAGACAAAUGAGAAACCAAAUGUGGACAUGGCAAACUAUAGACCAUUUUUCAGGGAGCUAGACAUCAGCGUUUUUACUAUCCUUCAUACUGGACUGAUCACCAAGUCAUCCCUAGAUACAGAACUCAACACAAAGGGCACAACAGAGCUCAGUAUACAGCCCCCACAGCUGGAGUUCCUGUUGGAAGACUUCACCAGGAAACUCUCCCACUCUCUUAUUUCUUCAACCUCAAAACGCAAAUCUUUUCUCAAGACAAAGGCAGAUAAGAAUGUGGGAUUCUCUCACCUUGACCAGUGCACUCCAAAGUUCAUAGCAAAGAAAGUUAUAAAGCUGCUGCCAGCAUUAUGUGAACAUUUGGAGAGUUCAAGUGGAUUUUUCCAGACUCUGAUAGUGCAGAACGACGGUUUGAUUGAUGGGCCGGGCAGCAACACCCCCGAGGCUCACACUGUAGGUUCCUGUUUCUGUCUACUUCUCCAAGCUCUCCAGACCUUAUUUGCCUGGAAUGGCUUUUUGAUGGUAGAAAAUAAGUCCCUAUUGAAGGAAGGGCUUACCACAUUAGUGUCCCGGAUAAAAACUGUGGGGUCAACUCAGCUCAGCUUCAAGGAUGUUCUAAAGUCAUCAUUUCAGUACAUAGAAAACUUUGCAGGCACAGUUCCUAAACUUAGCACAGCUGUCAUGUUGAUUAAACUAAUGUUAACUUUAGCCGAGAAGUCUGACUCAAUGGAAAUGUGUAGAAAAACAGCAACUGUGGCGCAAACCUUUCUAAAGAGAGAGUGGCUAGAUGCCGAGGGACAACGGGAGAAAGGGGCAAAACAUAACGAGAAUCUGCACUACCUUCUCAG